CACUCGUUGUCACUAAUGGCCCAGUACAAUAAUGCAACGUAUAUUAUCUGCUAUUGUGUUUCUCAUCUCCUUCACUAUUGUUGUGAGUGAUAUAAAAAAUAAAGGCUGGUGGAAGAAUGCAGUGUUUUAUCAAAUAUACCCUCGAAGUUUUCAGGAUGAUAAUAAUGAUGGCAUUGGCGACCUCAGAGGUAUCACUAAAAGGCUAGAUUACUUCAAGACGACGGGGAUCGAUGCUAUAUGGCUAUCACCGAUUUAUGCUAGUCCUAUGGUCGACUUCGGAUAUGAUAUUUCCGAUUUUCGGAAAAUUCAUCCCGACUACGGAACUGAUGAAGAUUUCGCUGAAUUAAUGGAAAAAGCUCGCCAACUAAAUAUUAAAGUACUUAUGGAUUUCGUACCUAAUCAUACUUCUGAUGAACACGAGUGGUUCAAAAAAAGUGUUGCUGGUGAUGAAACUUACCAGGAUUACUAUAUUUGGCAUAACAUAUCCGCAGAUGGUAAACCCAUUAAUAACUGGAUUAGUGUGUUUGGAGGAUCAGCUUGGAAUUGUACAUCUGCCCGACGACAAUGCUAUUUUCAUCAAUUUCAUUAUAAACAGCCAGACUUGAAUUUCCGUAGUGAGAAAGUCAAGAGAGAAAUGGAGGACAUCAUCAAGUUCUGGUUGGCUAAAGGGAUACACGGCUUUCGCAUUGAUGCAAUCCCCCAUUUGUUCGAAGCCGAAAAUCUUCAAGAUGAACCAAGAACAUUUCUUCCUGGUAUAGUAAACGGGGAAUAUGGAUACUUGCAUCAUUUUAACACGAAAGAUCAGCCCGAAACUUACGAGGUUGUCAAGUCCUGGAGAAAAAUUAUGGAUGAUUACGCAGAUUCUACUAACAGCGAAGAAAAGGUUAUGACGGUAGAAGCGUAUGCAUGGUUAAAUAAUACAGUGAAGUAUUAUGACUUCGGCUGUCAUGUCCCAUUCAACUUCUACUUCAUAACUGAUGUGAAUCGCAACUCUGGGCCCGAUGAAUUCAAAAACAUUAUCGACAUGUGGACCGCUGAAACGGAAAAAAGACCGGGAACUGUUGCUAACUGGGUGAUGGGUAAUCAUGACGGAUCAAGAACGGCGAGCCGAUUUCCAGGCCGUGGAGAUCAGAUGACAAUGCUUGCAAUGAUCUUACCGGGAAUUGCAGUGACAUACAACGGCGAAGAAAUUGGCAUGAUUGAUAAAACAGACAUUAGUUAUGAAGAGACACAGGAUCCUGCUGGUUGCAAUGCUGGACCCGAUAAAUACAAGGAAAAAUCCCGGGAUUCUGUCCGAACUCCAAUGCAGUGGGACAACAGCGUCAACGCAGGAUUCAAUGAUGGAACUAAACCCUGGCUUCCUGUGAACGAAAAUUUUAUAGAACUGAAUUUGGCUGCUCAAAAGAUUGCGAAAGCUUCCCAUUAUAAAAUUUAUCAGAAGCUGAUUCAUUUGAGAAAAACAAAAGCGGCGCUUUUGUCUGGAAAGUUAGGGAGUUUCGUGUCACCUGACAAAAAGUCCCUGACAAUCGUCAGAUCUACUGACAUGGAUAGUAUUAUUCUGGUCAUUAACUUCUCCGACACAGAAACUGUUACUGUCAAUGUGACCAGUCAGGUGUCCUCACUGGCGGCUGGAGGAAUCGUUGAAGUUGCAACACUGGAUUCACCUAUUAAGGAAGGCUCAAGUGUGAAUCUGAAGAAGUUGUCGAUCGCCCCUAAACAAUCAUUAGUUCUCUCUGCUAAAAUCAAGCAAUAGAAUUACAUGAUGAUGAUGAUGAUGAUGAUGCUGAUGAUGGAUAACGCAAAGCCAACUUAUUAUCUUACAAAAAUGUACCAGUAAGCUCACACCUGAAUUUGUUACUGUGUGUAGAAUCACCUUCGUAUAUCUUAUUACAUCCGCCAAAAUAAUUUACCAUAUUUUGUUAACCCUAUUGCCAUUGAAUUGGAUCUAUUAUUAGAAGUUAUAAUUAUGCAUAAAGAUUAAAAUGGAAUAUAAAAAUGAUUCAUUUUUAAUUUUUAGUCGUGUACUUGGUGUUGUACAAAAUAACGAAAUUGAAUAACAAAAUUUAAAUCGCAACAAGCCUAAAAUCAUUUGGGCAUUGUCAGACAAUAUUUUUGAUUAUUUUUCCUAUCCAAAUUUCAGCCAAUAAAAUUGCGCCAUUUGUUGAUAUUUUGUAUAGCCUACCCCGAAUUUCAUCGAUAAUUUUUUGAUAAUUCUGCGGGUAGGCUAUAUAUAAAAAACAAACUUACCAAACUUAACCAAAUAAACCUCUUUUCAUUUCAUGGCACAAUUCUCUUUGCCGAAAUUUGGAUAGGAAAAAUAAUCUCCUGAAUACCACUUGUUAUGUCCUAUCAAGUCACUACUAGGACGGUGGCGCCAUUCACGAAUAUUUGCGCCAAGUUUUAAAUUCGUGGAAUUCGUUAGCCGCUAAACCUCUAAUGAGGACUCCAUCGAUGUCAACUCGUUGAAAGGAAAUAAUUGGAUUCAGGUUUUUCCAAAUAAAAUCAAUGCAAACAGCAGUGCUUAGGAAAGCACGUAACACACACUUUAUUUAAUAAAUUUUAAAUCUUAAAUUGAGUCUCGAAAUAUUAAUAAACAUUCAGAGAAACUAACAAGCAAAACUAGACUGAAAUUUGGCGAUUAACUAUUUGAAGAGAGAAGCGGCAAUGAAACGAGUUAAAAUCGAACUGAAAUAAACUUAACUAAUUUUCCAAAGGUUGGGUCCUACAACCCCCACUAGUCUAAAUGUUACGCAUGCAACUUGGUCAAGAAAAAGGCAAGAGGGGUAGAAUAAGGAAAGCGGGGAAAAGGAAAACGCGUGACAUCGCGUUUUCUCUGUCAAGGGACUCAGGCCCUCAGCUUUCGAUACAAUGGACAAAGAAGACCUCACACGUGUUGAAUCAAAACAUGAGCAAAAACAGAACUGGUACUUUACGACCUAGACUGUAUUGAUUCGAACAUUUAUGAUUUCCUUCUCAAGUUUCAGGUUUGGAUAAAAUGUUUAUCCAAUGAAUUUUACGGGUAAAUAAAUGGGAAAGUUAAACUCAAGAUGUUGAGAUUUAUGCGUAACGAUUUUUCCCACACUGGUGGUGUUGUUUUCAUUGUUCAUUGUAUCUACUUUUUCUGCGUAUUUCGACACUGAUUAAAAUAUAAAAAUGAAGAUUAAUUUAAAUUUCGCGGACUAAGAUUAAUGAUGUAUAGUGACAUCUACUGGCUAUCAAGCUCAGGACAUCACACACUCGAGCUUCAAAAUUAUCGAGUAUUGCCAACUACCCGGAGCUCUUGGCUCGUGCUGUAAACUUCACACUCCUCACCAUCCCCCACCUAUCGUUAGAAUGCCGUAAUCUACUAUUUUUUUCUGUUUUACUGUACCCAAUAAUUACCGCCAACAGUGUUGGUUAUCUGGGUAGUUUUCCAGAUACUCGGAACCAUAGAUAAGUGUCGAGUAAGAUAUUUCGGAAUCAGGUAUCCAAAGUUCAUCCCAUUGGUGUGAUUGAUUUCGACUUUAGAACAAGACUUAUGGAAAUUUUGAAAAAUUGUGAUAUGUGCAAUUACGAUGAAUACUCGGAUGCCGUAAUUCGAUGUUCACACCUCAUGAUUUUCGUUGCAUGGAUAAUGCCCUUUAACAUUGAGGAAUCGAAGAAUUUUGUUCGCGCAGUUCACGAAAAUAUUCUUUCAACAAAGGAAUUUUUAAAUUUAAACAUCACAUCUUAUUUUAUGAAAGAAAAAUCGAAUAUUCUUAAACACAACAAAGUACUGUGGACGUAAUCAAGUGAGGGAAUUCUUACUUUUAGAAAUCAUUAAAAACAUUUUGUGAAUCUACUUCCUGCGCUUAUCAACAUUAUAAUUAAUUUUUUUAUUCAACAAUGAAUAAUUAUUUAUAUGACUAUCAACUUUUUCUUGUUAAAGUCAAUAGCUCGGCUGCACUGUCUUCAUGCUAUUCUAAUGGGAAUGCAAGUUUCAUCGAUAUAACUUACCUCAGCGUUGACCCCUACGAAAAUAUGUAACCAGCAUACACUAGAGAAUUAAAAUAUCUCAGAGAGAAAAAAAAAUUCAACAACUAUGGUGCAUUGUUACAUUGGUUCCUUUCAAUGAAAACUUAUGUAUUUUUCUUGUCAUCAAUAUUUGAAUUUAGUUGAAAAUAUUCCAAUUCGGUAUAUUUUCUGAAAUUGGUCGUUUCUUUUUCAAAUAUUUAGGAAAUUUUAAAUAUGGUAGUUUAGAAGCACGAUGAGUAUGAUUUUGAAAAAAACUAUACAAUCUGGUAACUUUCAUUUGGUAAUGUUUUACGUAAAAACAUGUUGGAAGAGAAGCUAGUAUUCAGUAUACGGAAUAAAAUUAAAAACUCAGCACAUAUGAAAAUAUAAAUAAUAAAUUUAUCGGUUAAAUUAGUUGAAAUAUAACAAUUCAAUUCGUUUCAGAAAAUCAAAAAAGAAUUUAUUGUACAUGUUAACCAGCUUUAUUUGUAUUGAGGUCCAAACAAUUGCUCUAAUAUUCUAUAAGUAAAUUAAAUAGUGAAAAAGGAUGAAAACAUUACCGAUAUUUACCGUGGUGCGACGAUUUAUUCGAAGCAACAACUAAAUCAAUUACCUAUGAAUCAUAAAUAACUUCUAUAUAAAACCUUAGGAUGAGUUACAAAUUAAAUGGAUCAAAUUUUUCUGAAGAGUUCAAAGAGAAGCACAACAUGAGAAUUAUUCGAGGGUACAUUAUUCUUUCUUUACAACACAAAAAUAUUUCUUCUCGGCUGUUUCUUAGCAGUGAAUAUUACACUCGGAAGAAAUAAUUAGUAUAAUGGUAGUAUUAUUCCAUUUUCUUCAUUUUAGAGACUACAAAUAUUCAUCAGUUGAUGUUUUCUUAAGUUGAAUCCGUUUUAGUCCUCAAUUGCAAUAAUUCCUUUAUAAGACAGAAAAAGCAUUUUGGUAAAUGAAUUAGGGUAACGAAUACACAGUAUGUAUAUAGUUACACUUUUUUCCUUUCAUCUAACUCUUGAAAACAUUUCAAAAAUCGAAUGAAUUAUUUAAUCUGUUCUUUACGAGUUAGACUACACUGACAAAAGAGUUUAGCUGGACCAAAGAUGGCAUCUUAAGUAUUACCUCGAUUAGUUAAUAGUCGACAAAUCAUGGUAAUACUCAAAAGAAGCCUCAUUUGAUGCAACUUAAUCGUACUUUUUUACAGAGAGACCAGCACCGAUCUUGGAAUGAAGCACAAUUUCUCCAUAAUUAAAUUAAUGAUUUUUCACGCUAUUAUUAAAGGUCAGCGGCUAAUCAAGUCUUCUCACUCCAAUGAUAAAAGCAUGCCUAAAAAUAUCUUUGUUCACUCACCCUUCAUUUCAUUAGUAUUUUCUUCUACGAGAAAAAGAAAAAGAACCUAGGGGUUCAGAAAUCAACAGAUCUCACCAGCGGCUUGUAACGACCAUCUUGUCGUCCUAAGUUAUACUUUUGAAAGAUACUAAAAACAGGGAAGAUGAAUCAUUGGAUAACAUAAGUCAUUGGUCUGUCUUUUCCAAAGUUUCAUUCAUUUUAUUUUCAAAACAAAAUUCGCAUAUGCGCAACGAAUACCCAAUAAUUCUUUGCAGGAUCAAUUUGACGACGCAGAAUAAUGCUAUUAUUCGAUUCACGGACCACUUAAUAUUUCUAUAAAAACGCGUUCUAUUGGAAUUCAAUAAAUUUAUCUAUAGUUUUUGUAAAUAAUUAGAAUGCUAAGUCCACAUGUGUUGUGUGUAUGUGUUUUUUUUUCUUUUUUUCUAUAGUUUAGUCCUAGAUUUCAUAAGAAGUGAAGCUAGGUUGCUUGCUGUCAUUAACAAUCAAGUUAUGACAAACAGUUGUUCAUCUUAAUUUCCUUAGUUUUUAUGUCUCGAAUUUGAAUUUAACAGUUGAGGGAAAAAUAGCUAUGAAUAUGCAACUUUUUGAAAUGUUCUUCAAAGAGUUUCAACUCGGCAAAUUGCUAGUUUCAUGGAAAUAUAAUAGGUAAAAGGAUAUUUUUGAAUUUGACCUAAAUGAU